AUGGUUGGAGAGUGCGGGCCAGCCUUCGCGGAACCCCAGUACCGGGAGAUCCUAGAGGUGAUCAAGGUCACAUGUGUGGCCAACGACCGGUACUGGCGAUCAAUCUACAGCCAUGGAAUGUGGAUCCCACGGAGAGAAGCAGUUCAAAUCGUUACCGACGGGUGGACUUUCACUGAACCAAAGUUGGACAUGGACCACCAACUCAAAAGCGGCGUUGACUUUGUCAUGUCCCCAACGGCCCACAUGACGUGGGCUGAUGAGGAUUUCAUAGGGGUAAAGGAGGAGAUGGAGGUACCAGAAGAAGAACCCACACAGUUUUUUAGAGCACACGACUACACCACCAUCCAAAAGGUCGCAGUCGGCGCCAUCAUCCGGAUCUCCCCAGGUCACCACGUUCACACUUCUGAUUUUGUCAAAACGGGCGUCGGAUAUCACUCCACCCAUCAUGACCCCACAACCAUGAACAUUCUGCUGCCGGAAAAGCUUGCGAGCAAGGGAAAUACGUCGAGCAUCGACGACAACGCCUUGCACACUGGUCGCAUCUCUGCGGCUGCUAUUCAGAAAACUUUGGAAGCGCUGCCAGCGCCAAGACUCACGAAUCUCAUGAGCAUCCCUUUCUGUGAUUGGGUUUUGAAGAUUCAAAUUCCAGUUUUGCCGCGGGUGAUUCCACAUCCACGGCGCUACACUUGUCCACCCAAGUGA